GAAAGGCGAGGCGCGGCCGCGGAGCUGCGCCGCUGCGGGCCGCGGCCAUGCCCAAGCGGGGCUGCCCCUUCGCGGACGCGGCCCCACUGCAGCUCAAGGUGCGUGUGGGUCGGAGGGAGCUGAGUCGCGGCGUGUGCGCCGAACGCCUCACGCGGGAGAUCUUCGAAAAGACCACGCAGCUCCUCUUCCGCGGGGCCCAGGCCUGCAUGGACCCCGCGUGGGAGGAAGGCUGCGCCAUCGUCGACACUCCGGAGUCCCCGAAGCCUGGCCCCACGGAAGCCCCUCGGGCCGCACGCGGGCAGAUGCUGAUCGGGCCCGACGGCCGACUGACCAGGAGUCGAGCCCAGGCCUCUGAGGCUGACCCAGCCAUGGCGGCAUCGGGAGCCUGCUCGUCGUGCGUGCGGGCCGUGGACGGGAAGGCGGCGUGUGGCCAGUGCGAGCGGGCCCUGUGCGGGCGCUGCGUGCGCACCUGCUGCGGCUGUGGGGCAGUGGCCUGCACCCUGUGUGCCCUCGUGGACUGCAGUGACGACCUCCACGAGAAAGUGCUGUGCGCCGGCUGCGCCAUGUUCGAGGCCUGAGGCCGGGAGAGGACGGCAGCCCUGCCUGGACGACCUCGCCGCCGUCCACGCUGAGGGACUGGGGGGAGGGGCGGGAGGGGACAGCCUUUCUAUUUUGUAUUUUGUUCUCCUGACCACAGAAGAGAAUAAAGCCUUUAUAUUUGGACAA